AUGCAAUUCAUUGAAUUAUCUAAUUCAUUUUGGAGUUUAUUUAAAUUAAGAAAAAUUAGUUUUCUAUUAAUCAAUUUAAUUUUAUUUAAUUAUGAAGAGAGUUUAGGAUCAGGAUAUAAUAUAUCAAUGAAAUAUUAUCAUCCAUAUUCUAGAUGGAGACGAUCAUUAACUCCUUGUGCAUGGCUUGAACGUGGUGGCUUUUUUAAUAUGCCUAAAUAUUAUAAUUCAUUAUCUCCAUUUGCACAACGUCGUCAUAUUUGUUCAAGUUAUUCAAAUUGUCCACUUACAUGGCUUCCAACAAAUGAUGUUAAAUCAUUAACAUUUAAGCUUAUAGGGACUGAUGAUAUGCGUGAUUACGAAUUUCAAGCUCAUUUUUGUAACAGAAUAUAUGAAGCACGGCAUCGUUAUUGUACUAUGGAAGAGGGAGAAAUCGCAUUUGAGUUGAGGCAGAUAGGGACAUGGUUGAUGGUAGACCGCAUCAAUUGUCGAUGUUUAGGCAUUGCUGAUGUUGAACGUUAUGGAUACAGUAAAGGUGUUCAAUUCGGAGAUCGCGUUUUUCGUGGUAAUUAUAUACACAUGACAUGUGCAUCAAAGCCUCAAUGUAAAGUGGAUGAUUUUUGUUAUAUUGAAACACCAAGUACAGAUGGUUAUAUUUAUGGUGGUCGAGUACCAUGUAUUUGUCCAAAACAAUAUCAUUGUCCAAUUUAUUUUAUACGAGAUAAACGUAUUCCACAAAUUAAUGAUGAUGGACGUGUAAUCAGUUAUGGAAUUAAAUGUAAACGAAGAAAUUAUUAA